AUGGCUGGUGAGAAGAAACACAAGGCAGAAAAAUUUCUGGGACAAUUUAAAAAUGAGCAGGUUGUGGUGGUGGCUGAAUACAAAGUCUCAAUGCAUUGCAAUGCAUGUGAAAGAAUUGUUGCCAAAGCCAUUUCCAAAAUGAAAGGUGUGGAGACGUUCACAACAGACGUGACGAAUCACAGAGUGGUUAUUACAGGAAAAAUCAAUCCACAUAAAGUAGAGAAGAAACUAAAGAAGAAAACGGGAAAAAAAGUCGAGCUUUUGGUCGGGGAAGAAGAAGAUGACGAAGAGAGAGAGAGAAAACAGGAGAGAGAAAAUGGGGCCGAACAAGCUAUGGAUGAUUCUUGGCCGGUUCAUUAUUAUGGAGAUGGUGAAAUUCACAUGGUGUUCAAUGAUGAGAAUGCAAAUGCUUGUUCGAUAAUGUAAUUAAAAAAAAGAAAAAAAAAAAGAAAAAGAGAGAGAUAGACAAAUUGCACUUCGCCCCCUAGAAAUUUUCAAUUUUGGGACUUUCCCCUCUACAAAUUUAAAAGAGGGACUCUUCCCGUUCAAAAUUUUGUUCUGGUUGCACUUAGCUCCAAAUCAAAAUUCUCGACGUAUUUUUCAUCGGAAUUGCCAUUUAUUCCCACUUCAAGGGCAUUUGAGUCAUUUCAUUAUUCCCCAUCCAAAUCCUAAUAUCCUUAUCUUUUCUAAUAUACGAAAAAUACGACCCAUUUUACUAAUUUCAGUAGUAAAAAAAAAGGGUUUUUUUUCUUCACUUAGCAGCUAUUAGGGUGAUCCAUCCCUGAAUUGACGCAAAUGCCCUUCAAUUGGAUGGAUUCAUGGCAAUUCCGGCGAAAAAUACGGUGGCAACUUUAAUUUUGGUGAAGUGCAAAAAGCAUUCUGCUAGUUGAUAAAACACAUAUAUAAACUAGAAUAAGAGUCAAUACCCAAAAGCUCUAAUAUAUAGUUACACAAAGAAACAGAUAGAUUCUAUUUAAUUACAUGGUUUAAGAUAGAAACAAAUA